AUACUCCUCCUCAAGCCACUCUCUCUCUCUCUCUCUCUCUCUCUCUCUCUCCCCGCCUUUCUUGCUUCGGCGACAUGCAAGCGGAGGUGACCCACAGAGAGAGCAAGCCGAAGCUGGCGCUCAUGGUGCCCACGUCCUCCACGGAGCACUCCGGCAAGGUGGACAGGCACCAGCCCCUCGUCGGUGCCGGCGCCGUCGUGAAGCGCAAGCGCACCAAGAGGCCGCGCCACCACCCGCCGGCGUCGUCCGCGUCGUCAUCGGAGAGCACGACCACCGAGGAGGAGGACAUGGCCCACUGCCUUAUCCUCCUGGCCCAGAGCGGCGCUGGGACCCAAGCCGCCGUCGACUCCAGGCCACCGCCGGCGACGCAGCCGCCGGCGGUGUUAACGGUGAAGCAGCAGGCACAGCCAUCGCUGGCGACCGCCGCUGCUCCGGCGGUGGUUAAGAGCGAGAGGUACACGAGCCGAAAGUACACGGAGGCGGCGACCACAGCGGACGGAGUCAAGGCCGGGUUCUACGUGUACGAGUGCAAGACGUGCAACAAGUGCUUCCCCACCUUCCAAGCGCUCGGCGGCCACCGCGCCAGCCACAAGAAGCCACGCGUCGUCGGCCCCGACGAGGAGAACACCAUCGCCAGCAACGUCAUCACCACCACAAAGCAGAAGCCACCGAUUGCGACAGCGUCGCCACUGCCUCCGCCGCCUCCCCCUCAGGUCGACGUCGUCGCCGUCUUCCCGGAUGUCACCACGGCGCUGAGCCUCAACAACGUUAUUGGCGCCGGAAGCAGCAGCAAGCUGAGGGUGCACGAGUGCUCGAUAUGCGGCGCCGAGUUCGCAUCGGGGCAGGCGCUGGGCGGGCACAUGCGGCGCCACCGGCCGCUGAACGCACCGGAGCGCGCGGUGACGGCGAUCACCACGGACACGAAGAAAGAGGCGAGCGCAAGCAUCAACCUGGAGCUCGACCUCAACCUGCCGGCGCCGUCCGACGAGGAGGCCGUGUCGCUUCCGCCACCGCCGCCGGUGGUGCUCGGUCUCGGGCAGUUCAACGACGGCAAGAAGGCUGGCCUUAUGCUGACAGCGUCAGCACUGGUGGAUUGCCAUUAUUGACAUGAGCGCCCCGGCCUAGCUCAUGAAUUCUUUUCUUAACACUGAUUGAUCCUUUCUUUUUCUUCUGGGAGAUUUGAUCGAGCAUAUACACACAAUUUCUUACUUACAGUACAAUUUAUUCUUAUUCUUAUUGGAAUAUGUCAAGGAAGCUGUAACAUAUAUACAAUACAAUUGAUUCUUUCAA